AUGGCUCAAGGACAACUUAACGUGGCUCAAUACGAGGAAUACACCAAACGUGAUGGGACGACGGAAAGACAACUAAAACUUCAUAUGAACUUCCGGACAGGACCAGCUACAGAAGCAGCAACAGCAGCAACAACAACAGCCGCAGCAGCAGCAGCAGCAACAUCCACAACGGGAACAACAGUAUCAGCAGCAGCACCAGCGAUGCCUUCAACAACAGUAGCAACAGCAACAUCAACAAACUUUCGGACAGAACCAGCUACAGAAGCAGCAACAGCAGCAACAACAACAGCCGCAGCAGCAGCAGCAACAACAUCCACAACGGGAACAACAGUAUCAGCAGCAGCAGCAGCGAUACCUUCAACAACAGUAGCAACAGCAACAUCAACAAACUUCCGGACAGGACCAGCUACAGAAGCAGCAACAGCAGCAACAACAACAGCCGCAGCAGCAGCAGCAGCAACAUCCACAACGGGAACAACAGUAUCAGCAGCAGCAGCAGCGAUGCCUUCAACAACAGUAGCAAGAGCAACAUCAACAAGUGAAGGACUUUUUAUGAUUUUCUCAAUAUGUUUCGUCGUGUUUUGGACUCUUCUUUAAGUUUUUAUCAGUUAUAAAUGAUUAUGAGAUAUAAGUGACAGUGGAAAUUGUUAGUUUUUUUUUUUUUUUUUUUGAUACUUUUCUUUGGACAUCGGUGUAUUCCUUUUUUUUCUCUUUAAAUCUGGAUUAAUGUUUUUCCAUUGGAUAUGGAGGUAUGUAAAAUCAAAGAGAAACAUCAUCGAUUCAUUCAAAAAAAUUAUUUGUGUAAAUUGUUUAUUCUACAAUGUGUCAAAACAAUACAUUCCAUUCUAUUUCAUUUGUAUAAUUUUUUUUUCUUUACAGACUUUCGGACAGGAACAGCUACAGAAGCAGCAAUAGCAGCAACAACAACAGCCGCAGCAGCAGCAGCAACAACAUCCACAACGGGAACAACAGUAUCAGCAGCAGCACCAGCGAUACCUUCAACAACAGUAGCAAGAGCAACAUCAACAAGUGGAGGACUUUUUAUGAUUUUCUCAAUAUGUUUCGUCGUGUUUUGGACUCUUCUUUAAGUUUUUAUCAGUUAUAAAUGAUUAUGAGAUAUAAUUGACAGUGGAAAUUGUUAGGUUUUUUUUUUUUUUUUUUUAUACUUUUCUUUGGACAUCAGUGUAUUCCUUUUUUUUCUCUUUAAAUCUGGAUUAAUGUUUUUCCAUUGGAUAUGGAGGUAUGUAAAAUCAAAGAGAAACAUCAUUGAUUCAUUCAAAAAAAUUAUUUGUGUAAAUUGUUUAUUCUACAAUGUGUCAAAACAAUACAUUCCAUUCUAUUUCAUUUGUAUAAGCAUUUAUUUAUACUCAUAUCUACCUAUAAGCUGAGAAUGUUUAUCAUAAUGAGUACAAAAUGUAUACUCAUAUUAUUCAAAUAAGUAUUAGAUUUUUUAUAAUCUGGACAUAUAGUAUUCUAAUUCUAAAUCAAAUACCGAUAAUUUUAUAACGUUAGAGAUUACAAAAAAAAAAGAAGAUACUGUAUGUAUUGUAUACAGAACAAAAUAUUGUGAUAAGACUAUUCUUUCAUGGUGGUCAACUAACAUGGACGUUGAUUAGCGUCAGAGGAUAAAAAGCUAUUUCUUCAUGGAUUAACGACCUUGUGGGGUUGCUAACAUCACCCAAUGAUGCCAGUUAAGUAACUUUAUUUUACCAUAGUAUGCAACCCGUUCAUCCUUUGUAUAUUCACAACGUACAGAGUUAUUUCUAAAGUGAAGUGGACAAUGGUCAAUCUUCCCGCGGAUUCCUUUGUUUACAUUGUAUACUCCUAACAGACCACCUCAAACGUCCUGUCUCUACUAUAUAUCAUUGUACCUCAUUCUACGAAUUUGCAAACAUUCAAUAUGUCUACUGAACUUUCUGGUAAAGUUAGGAAAGGCGUCCAAGCUAUCAGUGAACUUCGUGACCCGGCAUUAAUCAAACAAGUAGUGACCCAACUAAUGGACAACGCCAUGUUUAAAGACGCGCUAGUGGGUGCUUUGGGAAUCCCUGCCAUGUAUCAUGAAAUUGAAUCUCUUGAAAAUAAAAUAGAACAAUACUCUAGAAGGAAUUGUUUGAAAUUCAGAGGUAUUCCUGAGUCCCAAGACGAGGACACUGACCAACUCAUUAUCAAUGCGUGUAACAAGUACUUGGGGGGACUCAUGGUCACCCAAAAGGACAUUAGUCGUUCGCAUCGAGUUGGGCCCAAAGUAAGGAAUUAUCCUAGGGGCAUUAUUGUUAGAUUUCUGUCAUAUAGAACACGAGCAGCACUUUAUGAUGCCAGGUGCAUUCUCUUCAAAAACAAACAUGAAUCUACUACCAACUCGGACCAGUCUACCCCAACUCGACCUACUCCGACUUCUUCGUUAUAUAUAAACGAGGCGCUCACCAAAGCCAGGAGUCAAGUUUAUGCUAAGGCGAGAUUUCUUAAGUCCCAAAAUCUCAUCUCUGGUACAUGGACAAAUGACGGACGUAUUGUUAUCCGCAAUUCGAGUGGCGAGAAAUCCCAGGUUACCCGUCUUGACGAGCUAUCGGCAUAUCCUGACCCCCCUCCCAAAACCCCUGGAAUACGUACAGUCAAGAAUUGGAUUCCUGGUACACCUGAUACCAGUGCACGUGCCAAACCGAGAACCCAACCUAUUGAACCUAAUAAAUAAACUGUGUUCCUUGUCUGUAUAUUUUGUUUGUCCACUAUAUAUAGCCCUAUUUGUGUUAAGUCUGAUCACAUGAAACCCACUAUAUUGUAAUUCUAAUGGGUUCUGCAUUGCUAGCAUAAUGCGUACAGUGUAUAUUGAUGGUUAUUAUCCUGAUUAUACUAAUUACUCUGAUUUUUUCUUAGCAUAGUCUAUACAAGAAACGAUUAGCAUGUAUUCACACUCAUGUGCAUGUAUAUAUAAGUAAAUCAGAUCCCAUAUUUAUUUCCAUCUAAUGCAACUCAACAUAGUAAUAUUUCUAUUUCUAAUUGGUAUAUACAUGUAUGCUUCCCAUACUGAUAUGAAUUACUAAGAUACACAUGUACAUUUAAUCUAGUUAAUCUUUUAUUUAUUUAUAAAUGGUACAGAUAGUAUUACAUAUAAUAUUGUUGAUAUGUAGUUAUAUGCAUUGUAACUUCAUAUCAAGUACUGUGCAUUGUAAUUAAUCAGUGUCAUCUAAACAUCUAAUAAAAAAACGUAUUAAUGUGAAUGAUCAUAUGAAUGUACAUGCACUUGAUUUCUCCCGGAGUACUGCUUGAAAUAAUGUGUGUAUCUACAUGAUUUUUUUUUAAGAAAAUAAGUAUACUUAUUAUAAUAAGCUUGUUUUGUACUUUCCACACAAAGGCAGGUCCUAGGUUGAUGGUAAUAUUUAAAAAAAUUAUAUGACGCAAUGUUUGUAUCUCCAGCUUUACAAUCAGAGAUGUAAAAUUGUAGAUCCAAAUUAUACACGUGUAUACGUACGUGUCUCGUAUAUAUACAUGUACAUACUAUACCUCUUCUCCAUAUGAAUAAUACUUGUAGCAAAAUAUAUAUGAAAUGACACUCAUAUUGUAUACCUCACCGCGUUUCCUGAGGUUUCUUAUUAAUUAUUUUCUAUUUAAUGUAUUCCAAAAGUAAAUGAUAGUUAUAUCCAAUGUAAAUCCACGUGCACACUCAAUGUUACAAAUCGGCGUGCCUGCUUGUAUGCGUAUGGCUAUCAUAAUGAAAGAGCACACCUCUCAGCUGAAUAUGAUUACACUUAGUUAUGUAUAUAGUCUCUCAAAUGUAAGUUUAAUUAUUUAUGUCAUGUAUUCAUUAUUGCUAAUCUCUUUACUCAAAAGGAAUUAUCUGACCCAUUGUUUGAUACUUUGCAAAUAAUACAAUCUAACUGUACUGAACACUAAAUGGUAAGCAAACUGAAACUCAGUUAAGCGUUUGAGAGACUAUGAUGAGAAUAUAUGAUCGUGAUCACUAGAGUGCUUUCACGUGGUCUGUAUAUAAAUAGUUGUACGUUUUGUUUACAGUUUUGAAGAUGUCCAUCCAUGUAAAUAGCGGAAUGUCUUCUAUGAUUUUCAUCCAUGUAUGGUAAUUACUUGUAUAUAAGUAUUACUUUUGUGGACUUUGCCCACAAAUCGCUUAUUUUUUCACAUUUUGUUUUAUUAUAACAAUUUUAAGACUUGCCCAGUCUCAAUGUAUACAUUUUCACUCGUACAGGUACAUACAAAUACCAGCUGUAUCACAUGCCCUAUCAAAUAUGUUAUAAAGAUAUGGUUAUUUGAUAAUGACUAGUAGAGUAAUAUACUUGUUCUAUGAUAGGGCAUGUAGAUUCACUAGGGGCAACAUGUACUUAUUUGUGUUUAAUUAUAAAUUAACUGUACAAAGUAUUGCAUACAAUAUAGCAUAUUAUCUACCCGUGUAUUCUACACCAAUAGUUAACAACUUAAUUUUUGUUCUAUAUAUUAUUGGUAUGUUAAUAAUAAUUAGUUGUGAUGUUGAACUAAAUCCAGGUCCCUUACACAACCUUGAUAUUUCCCACCUAAACAUAAGAUCACUAAGACAUAAAAUAGAUAUUAUUGAAGCUGAAUUAUAUGAUAGUGACAGUAUCUGUCUAACUGAAACACAUCUCACUCCUGAAAUACCUGAUUCUGAACUAAUGAUUCAAUCUUAUUCUGAAAAUAUUCACAGACUAGACAGGAAAACUGGCCCCGGUGGUGGAGUUUUAAUAUAUCAUAGAAGAUAAUAUUGUUACUAAAAGAAAACAUGAUCUUGAACAAGAUGAAGUUGAAAUGUUAUGGGUAGAGGUCCACAUUGAAUCUCGAAAAUUUUUAUUGGCUGGUUUAUAUCGACCGGAAUCACCAGUUAGAUAUUGGGACAUUCUGGACACCAUCAUUAAAAAAGCCAUUAACACAAAUCUUGACAAAGUGAUAACUGGUGAUAUCAAUGUCAACAUGCUUAAUCUUCAACCUCAUUCAAAUCUGGCUAGAAUGAUGACUAAAUUUAAUCUUUCAAAUCUCAUAAAGGACCCUACUAGUAUCACCCCAACUUCAACUUCA